AUGGAAUUCAGUUCCAUAGCAGAGCUUUCCCCAAAUCAACGACCUUGCAAGCUCAAAUGUCGUGUUUCUCGACUCUGGGUUGCUACAAAUAUCAACACAGACAUAGUUUGCCACUUGGAUAUGAUCUUGCUAGAUUCACAGGGUAAUGAUAUCUGGGUGCAAAUUCCACCUUUGCUCAUGAAGAUUUUCCAGCCACUUCUGAAAGAUCAGGAAGUUUAUACUUUCAGCAACUUCAAAGUCCAAUCCGCACCAGUGGAAUAUCGACCGAUUGCCAAUGACAAUAUCAUCAUAUUUUCUGGGAAAACCUCUGUUCAACAAAUCCCAGACGUUCCUCGCUCCAUACCGACUUUCAAAUUCACAUUCAUGAAUGCAGCUCAAAUCAAAAGGAACCUUAAUAAAAUAGAUAUUCUAUCAGGAGAUUGCUCUUUGUCCUCGACAUCCUCAACAUGUUUGUUCUCCAAUAUCGAUAUCCCUGAAGUCAAUGCCUUUCUGAAUGGGAACAAUGAAAAUGUUGCACCUGUCUUGCUGUAUGAACCUUCUACUCCUGAAGUUCCCAUAGUUACUCUAGCUGAACUUCAGAACUUGAGCUUAGACAUGCAAAAUGAGGACAACGUUUAUUCUGUUGAGGGUAAAGUUGUCGAUCUGCAUCCUUUGUGGUGUUACCUCAGCUGCCCUACAUGCGUCUAUAAAGCUCCAGAAGAUCAGGAUACCUACCAUUGUACAAAGUGCAACAAAACUACAACUAUCAAGGCUGCAAAGUAUCGUCUGCGACUUGAAGUUGUUAGUGAUGACACAUCGGCCUCUUUUGUCAUGUUUGAAAAUGUUGGCGAAAACUUCUUUGGGGUGCCUGCUAACCAGUUAUUCCUUCAAAAUGGUGGUUUGAAAGAUUCUCCACCGGAGAUUAUACUUAAAAUUCUAGGAAUGACUCUCAAGUUUCAUGUGAAAAUCAAAAUCAGCAUGUAUACAAGGAGCAAACCAGACUUCACCGUUGUCAAAAUUGAUCCAGACUCCACAGAUGACCUCCCCUCCACAUUGCAGAAAGCUUCCUCCACCCAAUCAAUUCACAGUGACAUCGAGAAUUCAAGGAGUUCUUCUCAAAUCUCAGACCCUCUGUGUACUGCAGUUAAAGACAAUGAUGGCGAGAAAACACCAACCACAUCUCUCAAACGAAAGCAACCUAUUGAAUGA